ACCGUCUCCACGCUCAUGCAACCCCAGGCUCGUUUGGUGCAUCCUACCACGGUGCGCGCGGAGUUAAGGAUGCCAUUCGCUGCGAAACGCGGGAAUACGGCAGCUGCCCCAUGAUUUCGCUGCUGGUUAAACACCUCUCGUUAUGACUAACGUUGCGCUGCUCCUGCAUGCUAGUAUGGCAUCUGGCAGCUGCGUUCCUUCCUCUUUCCUUACUACAUCUUUUCGCAGAGUAUUCGGUCGAAACUGUACGCCGUCGUGACGGCUGCGCCAGACCUUGUGACGCCACAGCAAACCCACUCGACUAUCGUUACUUGACACGUGCUUUUUCAUGAACGACUACACGAGUACUGCAUUAACACUUAUCAUUAUCUGCUACGAUGGCACAUUCGCUACAGCCUCACCGGCCAACAAAAGCUGAGAUCAUCGACUUUGCUGCUCUGGAGGGCCACGAUGCAGACAUGCCCAGCAACCUAGGCUCUAUCCAUCAUGUACCCAGCAACCCGUCGACACGGCCACACUCUCCGUCAAAUGAGAAGGAUGUUAAGUCUUCGGCUUUAGAGAAAGACAUCGAGAAAGGGGCAAACCCUGUCUCGUCCUCGAUAGCGGGUGAACCGGAUGAGGAAGCAGAGCGAGAUCCAAACAUUGUGGACUUCGACGGUCCAGAUGAUCCUCAGAACCCUAUGAAUUGGGGGUUCACGAAGAAGUGGGGAAUGGUCUUGUUGAUCUCUGCGAUCACCUUCCUUACACCGCUCGCAAGUUCCAUGUUUGCACCUGGUGUGCCGGAAGUCAUGCGAGACUUUGGAUCGACGAACGAUAUGCUCGAAGGAUUUAUGGUGUCUGUCUAUGUUCUCGGGUUCAGUUUCGGGCCUCUGAUCAUCGCACCCUUGUCGGAGAUGUUUGGCCGGCUACCCUUGUAUCAUUCCUGUAAUCUGCUCUUCAUCAUCUUCACCAUUGCGGCUGCUGUCUCCACCAACAUGAGCAUGUUUAUAGUAUUCAGGUUCUUGAUGGGCACUGUCGGAGGAGCACCAAUGGUCCUGGGUGGAGGAACUAUAGCUGACCUGAUCCCUCGCGAACACCGAGGCACAGCUAUGGCUGUUUGGAUGAUGGGACCAACUAUUGGACCUUGCGUUGGGCCUAUCAUCGGCGGAUUCCUUACAGUCGCGAAAGGCUGGAGAUGGAACUUCUGGUUCGUCGCUAUUGUGGCUGGCGCAUUCUUUGUCAUAUCUUUCAUCCUGAUGAGGGAGACGUCUGCUCCCGUCAUCUUGGAACGUAAGACGAAGAAGUUGCGGGCUGAGACAGGCAACGAGAAGUUGAAAUCCAAGCUGGACAGCGGCUUACCCACAAAGGAGCUAUUCAGGUUCUCCAUCGUUCGACCGGCCAAGAUGCUCACACGCUCGACCAUCUGUUUCGCCAUUUCUCUCUACGUCGCUAUCACGUACACAUACCUCUACAUCCUCUUUACCACUUUCACUGCAGUAUUCACAAACCAAUACCACUGGCACGGCGGCAUCACCGGUCUCUCGUUCCUUGGUCUGGGUGUCGGUUCUCUCGUUGGCCAAUUCGCAUACAUACACUACGGCAACAGAACUGUCUCAAAACACAUAGAGCGUGGAGACUUCAAGCCCGAGCAGCGUCUGCACAUCAUGUGCAUUGGUGGCUUCUUCCUGCCCAUAGGCCUGCUGAUCUAUGGUUGGUCUGCGAACUUCCAAACCCACUACAUGGUGCCGCUUCUAGGCACUGGUAUCAUCGGCUUCGGACUGCUCAUGACAUUCAUGCCGGCAAACACGUAUCUGGUAGACGUAUUUACGACACACGCCGCGAGCGCAAUGGCUGCAAAUACGGUCCUUCGUAGUCUGAUGGCUGCAUUGGUGCCGCUGAGUAGUCAGAAGAUGUACGCUGCGUUGGGACUGGGGUGGGGAAAUAGUCUGCUUGCAUUCGUGUCAUUGGCAUUGGUGCCAAUACCGUUCUUGUUCAUCAAGUAUGGGGAGAGGAUAAGAGCUAGGAGUACGGUCAAGCUAUGAAAAAGUUUGAUAGCAUGUCUAGAUGAGAUGAUUCGUAUCAAGGAUAGAACUAGCGAUCAACCCUCUACGCACCUAGUCCAAGACCUGAUCAGUAUGGUCAGAACAUACACGACCUUGCGUAAUAAUAGCUAGCCGUACAGACAAAGCAACUUCCGCUUUAUCUGACGCACCGGACUGUCCUUGUUUAUGAGGUUCAUCAGGAAAUACCCUCAUCUCCCACGAUGAAUGCGCAUGUGUCUUGUCUGCAGUGGAGAGACACAUGAAACAGUAGUCAAAAUCCUCGCACACCCUACAUUUGAACAGAGGCUCGUAAAUAUGCUUGCGUUUAAUAUUACAGGAGGGUCGUCAGCACUUACCUCGCCAGGUUGACAUCCGUCGCAACUAGCCGGUGUGGGUUUAGUAAGAGUUUUCCGCAUAGAGGUCUGGUCCUGCCCAGUUUCUGGUUUGUUCUGCG